UCACGAUGUGGAUUUGAAUAAAAAUCACAAAAAGGUAAGAAAAAUGGAAACAAGGUUUAGAUACAAAAAAAGAAAGCAUGAAAAAUCAUGAAUAAAAAGACAGGCAAAUAGAUAGAUAGAUAGAUAGAUAGAUAGAUAGAUAAACCUUGAAUUAAAAGACAGGCAAAAGAUAGAUAGAUAGAUAAACCUUGAAUUAAAAGACAGGCAAAAGAUAGAUAGACAGAUAGGAAGAAGAAAGAAAGAAAAUGAAUAAUGGAUGAAAAAGAUGUGAAAGGUUUUUAUAUUUUACUGCGAUUGAAGGUGUUGGUAGCGAAUGUGUCGAUGUGGAAUAAACGGCUUGUUUUAACGUAUAACCGCAUGGAAACCAAUCACAACACAAAACGGGCUGAAAUAAAAUGGCGUCCUGCUGCUCUCAUAGCGCACUAUGUAGGGUGUAGAAUGUACUCUUUAAUACACUACUUAGUGCACUUAUAUAAGGGAUAAUGAAUGAUUUGGGAUUUACCCAUGGUCGAGUUCGACCUGUAUAGCUAAGUAAGGCGAAUGCUACUGCAGAAGGCUGAACCCGAGCAGUGAUUAUCCUCUUUACCGGUUUCAUCAGUCCGCUGAGGCUGAGUGAAGAAGAGGAAGAAGAUGGCUACAGGUGAUGUGAAAGGAAGUCUCAGGAAGCUGCAAGCAUCUCUCCGAUCUGUAAAAUACCCAAGAGAUGUUGAUUAUCAAGGGUUAGCUAGAGGAGAUCCGUCAUGCUGUCUGCCCAUCGUGAGCUACGCCUUCACCUCCUUCUCCACCGCCGUGGCUGAACACCUGGUAGAGUUCGGCAUCGAGCUCACAGGAAAAAACGACCUGAGCUUCAUGGAGUCCGUUUACAAGGUCCUGCGAGAUCUCUUCAGUUAUAAACCCCUGUUGACUAAGCAGCAGUUCCUUCAGAUCGGUUUUGCCGAGAGGAAGAUCUCUCUUCUCUGCGACAUCAUCGGCUUCGUCCUGGACAAACACAAACAGCUCACGAAAGGCACCAAGCCCAUUGGUCCGCUGAGGCGGAGGCAGCUGUCUCGUACCGACUCUAAAUCCGUGGAAUGUUCACCACCCAGAGAGACCCAGAGGACGCCAGGCCAGAGAGUAGGUUCCAGAAGGUUGCUGGUGGAGAGGCACCUGGGCCUCCAGCGAUCUCCAGCGCACGUCAGCUUCUCCUCAGACGAUCAGCAGCUGGACGAGGACGAGGACGAGGAAGGAAGGCAGAGACCUCACGACCAAGACGUUCCUCGACCUUCUGCUCACACGGAGUGUGUGACGGAGAGCAGGUUGAGAGCGGUGGAGGCAGGGCUGCAGCAGUGUGUGUGCAGGCUGGAGCAGCAGCUGAGCCUGCUGGACGGGAGAGUGCAGGCGCUGGAGAAGAGCACAGCUGGAAAGAUCUGCAUAGAGCGCAGUGUGUGGGAGGAGCUGGAGAACCGGGUACUGCUACUGGAGACAGGACUGACGUUAACCCGGGCACAGGUUCCGAUGAGAACGGGUGGAGUUACGAGUGUGGAGAUGAGCCAGCACCCCGAUGAGACCCUUUUGGAGUGGGUUAAAGAGCCAGCCAGUAGUUCCACUGUGGCACACCGAGCCUCACCAGCCAACCAUUUAUCAUCAUCCUCGGAGGAGAAUAUUAAAGAGAGACUGGAGAGAAUAGCCAGUAUGAUGAAGGACACGUCCAGCCUUUUGAAGAAUAUCGAGCCGACGAUAUGAGUUCAUUUGACCUCGUGAGAUGUGUUCAACACAUCCGAAUGAAUGUAGAGGAGUAAAAGGGAAGGAAAACCUCCUCGGAUGCCUCCUCGGAGUCGGAUUUCAGUACUUAUUUAUACUGUUUAUUGGGCAAAAUGUAGUGAUAAUGUAAGCUGCUUUGUAGUGAAUUUCCAUCAUGACUCUUUUAAAAAAAAAAAAAAAAAAAAAAAAAAAAAAAAAAAAAAGCUCAGAUGUGCGCUUUUAUUAUUAUUUUUUUAUUUUUAUUUUUAAACGCAGUGUGACUGUGUUCAUGCUGGAACUGCAUUUCUCCGUUUCGUGCCUUUUGGCUGAGGUUAAGUGUCAUUGACGUGCCUUGUCCAGUAGAUGUCCCUGUAGCGCUGUACCUCAGAUUAACGUGCCUUUGCUGCCCUCUGUGGUCAGUGAUGUGUAUUACCACGAAGUUCUCAGCGCAGAGGUGAAAACAUGUUGUAUUCAAUUUGUAUUUUUUAUAUCAACUUUGCUUUCAGAUAAAGUAAAACCACAGAAGUGAUGAAAGAUAAUUUGUGAAAGUGUGUGUGUGUGUGUGUGUGUGUGUGUGUGUGUUUAUGUUAAGAUCAUGCGUGGGAUGUAAACAGUAACCUCAGUGUCUUCACUAUAAGCAUGCAAAUUAUACCAAAACUCCCCGGGGGCAUUUUCACUACGGAAUGUUGAUGUGACUCAAAGCCUAUUAUUAUGUCUUAUAAUGCACAUGGUUUAUAGCAUAGCAGUCGCUUUGUAAGGUACUUUAAGUGCUUUACAAUCUUCAUAGCCAGAUCAAGUUAAAUAGCCCUCAUUAUACAAGUCUAAACAGUUUA